UACGUUUGGGACAGAAUGCUGGGAGGCUUCAAACACAAGAACAACAGGACCAGAGAGGGAGUGUGCCUUUGUCUCAUCUCAACGCUCAACAUGUACGGAGCCCAAGGCUUAACCCUCAGUAAAAUAGUCCCUCACAUAUGUAAUCUACUAGGAGAUCCCACCAGUCAGGUGAGAGACGGAGCUAUGGGCUGCCUGGUGGAGAUCUACAGACAUGUGGGGGAGAGGGUGAGGAUGGACCUCAGCAAGAAGGGCCUACCACAGUCACGGUUGAAUGUAAUCUUCAGUAGAUUUGAUGAAGUCCAAAGAUCUGGGAACAUGAUCCCAUCCUGCAGGUUGAAUGUAACCUUCUGCUCCCCUCCUCUGCAGGUUGAAUGUUGA